AUCUAGGCAUCGAGUUUUCGCCUAGUAAAACCGAGUUAGUAGUUUUUUCAAGGAAGCAUUCCCCUCCUCAAAUAGAGCUCCUUAUGAUGGGUAGAACUCUAACUCAAUCUCUUAGUUUUAAAUAUUUGGGUGUCUGGUUCGACUCUAAAUGCCUCUGGGGAAAACAUAUAAGGUACUUGACUCAAAAAUGCCAAAAGAGAAUCAAUUUUCUUCGAACGAUUACUGGAACCUGGUGGGGUGCUCAUCCUCAGGACCUCAUCAGGUUAUACCAAACAACGAUACUGUCGGUCAUAGAAUACGGAAGCUUUUGCUUUGGGUCCGCCGCGCAAACCCACUUGAUUAAACUAGAACGAAUACAGUAUCGUUGUUUGCGUAUUGCCAUGGGUUGUAUGCAAUCGACACAUACGAUGUGUCUCGAAGUACUGGCGGGAAUAAUGCCGUUGAAAAAUCGGUUCUUCGAUUUAUCGCUACGUUUCCUAAUUCGAAGUGAAACUAUGAAUCCUUUGGUGAUAGAAAAUUUGGAAAGGCUUAUGAAUAUUAAUCCGCAAGUAACAUAUGUAAAUAAUUAUAAAACUUUUAGUCAAUUAGAAAUAAAUCCUUCUUUAUUAAAUUCGGACACGAGUCACUUUUACCCGAGUAGCAGUUCCUUGAUAAGAUUCGAUCUGUCCAUGACCGCUGACAUCCAUGGAAUACCAGAUCACGUCCGACCCAACAUUAUUCCUUCAAUCUUUGCUUCAAAAGUACGUGAAAUUGAUCCUAUAAAAAUGUUCUUUACUGAUGGUUCUAGAAUCGACAAUGCGACUGGCUUCGCAGUGUAUAAUGAGGGCUUUGAAGCUUCGUUCAAGCUUCGAGAGCCAUGCUCCGUUUACACUGCUGAACUAGCCGCUAUUUACUGCACCUUAAAACACAUUCGCACACUGCCCGCAGACCACUAUUUCAUCUAUUCGGAUAGUCUCAGCUCCGUUGAGGCAAUUCGAUCGAUGAAACUGAUGAAGCGCUCUUCCCAUUUUUUGCUGGAAAUUUCAGGGAUAUUGGGCGCUCUGAUCGAAAAUUCGUAUAGGAUUACCUUAGCUUGGAUCCCGUCUCAUUGUCUUAUCACCGAAAAUAAUUUUCACUUUAAAGAGUAACCUACCGUCCAAUGGGUUCCACAAACUCCACCAGAAGUCUGGCCAGGAAGACGAUAAUCUGAAGUAGCUCCAGCUACAGGAAGCCACCACCGAGCCCAGAUGGAGAAAUGUUUCCGAAAGUGAACCCUAAACGCUCCCCUUCCCAACCCCCAAAUAAGAAUACAACUAACAGUUGAGUCGCCGCGACUAUUACGGCUCCCCCUUCUACUAACAUAGAUUAAUAAAGUGAUACACUCGGCAAAACGAAACUUUAUAAAAAGUAAAAUGCCUUAAUAAACAAACCUAUGAUAAAAAAAAAAAAAAUUUUUAACGUUCUUCAAAACGGAAUUAAUAUCUAUCCAAAUCGCUUCUUAGUACUCAUUGAUGAUAUGAUAAAAAAUGAUUUUCUCCUCUGCGCUUGUUAACUGAUGAUCUACCUUGUUCACUUUAUUUUGUUCAAAAAGUAUAACUUAUAUUAUGCAAAAUAUACUCCACUUAGUAAUA